AUGCCGGUACUUUCUUCAUUGGCUUUAUCUUGUGCCUUUUGUUUUAUUUCUGGCUCUUUAAUCAUUUGGCAAAGCUAUUUAGAGCAAAAACAAAGAAAACUAGCCACUCCACCGUUGAUGAAUCGUAUCAAAAAUCUUACGGAUAAAAAUAUUGAAAAAUUGAAAGGUGGGGGAUCGACUGUUCUGGUGAAAGAUGUUCGUUCGCUUGGCACAAUACCGAUUAACCAUAAUGUCGUUACUCCCAUCUCCAAAAAAUCUAGUGAGUUUGAUUGA